UGGUUUAAAGUAAGUUACCAACAUGGAUCAAAAUAGAUCAGACAGUGUCUUCGAUCAAGUGAUUCAAGCUCUUGAAGAGGAAAGGGCACAAUUAGAGGGGAAAUUAGAAACUGAAAUUGAUGUCUCAGACAGACAAAAUUAUGAGGAGCGUUUAGCUGAAAUUAAUGCAGAUCUGGAAGUUAAUAAAGCAAGAUUCCAGGAAUCAUCCUUACGAGUUGAGCAAGAAGCUAGGCGAUCAGAAAGAGAAAGGCGUCCAACAGAAAAAAUGCUUGAGUUGAGACGUGACGAGUUAGCAAAAAGAGAACGGAAGUUUAUGUUCACAUACUUAAACUUUAAAGCUGAAGCUCAGUUUAUCAGAUCUAAACUGAAAGAAGAGUGCUCUAAAUCCGAGCUAGACGAUAUGAUGGUGACUGCAGAAAAACGUGAAGCAGAGUUAAAACAAAUAUAUGAGAGUAUUCGUGCGUUGAACGUCCCAUCUCAAGAUAUAAGAAGGAGAAUGGAUAGCUGCACUUCAGUUUCUAGUGAAAUAACUGCGUUAAUGAAGAGACGUUGCGCAGAAGUUGGCACUAAGGAGUUUGAUGUGGAAGCUGUAAAAGAAUCGCUCCUGCAGUUAUUGCAAAGAGAUGACGCUAGGUCAAUUUAUGGAUCAACUGUGUCAAGAGCAGAAAGAGAUAGUCAACAGGGAAGUCAUAUGUCAACAAAACAAUGACUAAACUUCCAGCUCCGGAGCCAUUCACGUUUACAGGUGACCCACUCAAGUUCACUGAAUGGCGCACUUGCUUUAAAGCUUUGAUUGAAAACAAUUGUACAACCCCAGCACAUAGGUUGUUCUAUCUGAAAAGGUACAUAAGUGGAGAUGCACUUAGUGUACUAGAGGGAACCUUUUAUAGGAGUGAUGAGGAUGCAUAUACGCAAGCUUGGGAUGCCCUGAACAAGCGCUAUGGGCACCCCUUUGUAAUCCAAAGAGCAUUUAGGGCAAAGCUGAGCAGCUGGCCAAAAAUUGGACCCAGAGAGUCACUGAAAUUAAGGGAGCUUAGUGAUUUCCUCGUCUCCUGCAAAAAUGCAAUGCCUCAUGUACAUGGUUUGGGGGUUUUGGACGAUUGUGAAGAAAAUCAGAAAUUGCUGCAGAAACUUCCUGACUGGGUAACAACUCGCUGGAAUAGGUAUGUCACUAAAGCACUAGAUGAAGAGAAGCCAUACCCAAGUUUCACUGAGUUUUCAGACUUUGUGGCAGAGGAGGCACGUAUUGCAUGUAAUCCUGUUUCCUCUCUACAUGCUUUAAAAAAUGCAGAUGAAAAGCCAGGGAAAGAGCAGAAACGUCUCAAAGCCAGCGCUUUGGCGCAAAAUGUUAAACCCAUUACAAAGAGCUUGAGUGCACUGGAAAGAGAGAAAGGCUCCAAACCCAGCCAUUCUGCCACUCAGGAUAAGAAACAAAUAGAAUGUGUCUGUUGUCAGCAAAAUCACUUUAUAUACAAAUGUGAAAGGUUUGCGGCAAUGCCUCUUGAGGAGAAGAAAAGGUUUGUCAUCAACAACAAGAUGUGCUUUGGUUGUCUCAGAAUCGGUCAUAUCUCCAAAAACUGUAGAAAGCGAGCUACUUGCAACAUCUGCAGGCAGAGUCACCCCUCUCCACUUCAUGAAGAAUGUUUUCAAGGAGGAAAACUAGAAGCUUCACCUGAUGAAAGGGCUUCCACUAGCUUAUGCUGUGUGGGAAUGGUCAACUGUAAUCGCACUUCAAUGAUCGUUCCAGUAUGGGUCUCUUGUGCGACAAAGGAUAGCCCGGAAACUCUAGUCUAUGCAUUACUGGACACGCAGAGCAGGCAGCUGGACUAA